AUGCCACCACAACAACAGAAGCAUUUGUGAGCGGGAGAAUUCAAAUUUCAGCAAAGAGUUGUUUGUGUUCAGUUUCAAGUGCAAACAAAAAAUGAAGGGAAAUUGGUCGGAAUUGGAGUUGGAGAAGGAAUUCGGAGACGCCAUUUCCCGAACCCGUUUCGCGCCCCACUCCAACAACCUUCUCAUCUCUUCUUGGGACUCCAAUCUUCGCCUCUACGACGUCGACGCCUCCCUCCUCAGACUCCAAGCUCCCUCGCAAGCUCCUCUUCUCGAUUGCUGCUUCCAGGACGACGCCGUCGCUUUCGCCGCCGCCUCUGAUGGACUAAUCCGAAGGUAUGACUUGCAUUCAGGACUUGUUGAUACAGUGGGUAGGCACGAUGACAUGGCAAUGUUUAUUGGAUAUUCCAAUGAAACAUGUCAGUUGGUCACAUCCGGAUUUGACAAGAAGUUACUGUUAUGGGACAUGCAUACGAAGAAGACUUCUUUAUGUUUGAGAAGUCUAGAUGCAGAGGUAGACUCCAUGUCUGUCUCUGGGUUUAAUGUUACCAUAGCCAUUGGAGCAUCAAUGCAUGUUUAUGAUUUACGUUACUUUGACCAACCAGUUGAGUCAAAAGAGGCAUUCAAUGGAACACACUUAAGAUGUGUCAGUUCAAUUCCAGAUGCAGAAGGAUUUGCAGUUGGGUCUGUAGAUGGACGAGUAUCACUGCAGAUUUCCUAUCCAUCCGGUUCAGAUGAAAUUAGAUAUAUAUUCCGGUGUCAUCCAAAAUCAAAGGAUGGAAGGCAUUAUUUGGUAUCAGUGAAUGACAUUGCAUUCAGUCCACUUGUAUCCGGUGCUUUUGCCACUGGUGAUAAUGAAGGUUAUGUUACCAUAUGGGAUGCUGGAAGUAGGAGAAGACUAGUUGAGUUGCCCAGAUACCCAAAUAGUGUUGCAUCCUUAUCAUACAACCACACGGGACAGCUUCUGGCAGUUGCAUCAAGCCAUACUUACCAAGAAGCAAAGGAAAUAGAAAAACCACCUCGUAUAUUCAUCCAUAGAGUGGACAGCAUUGAUAUUGGAUCAAUUUCUGCUAGUAAGAGAAGUUAAAGUACUUAUGCUAUGCUUGCCAACGAAGAUUUGUGUACAUCGUCGGAGACACAAGUGGAGGCACCGGUGAAGAAAAAAAUAGAUGCAAUAGUUUUUUAAUUCUUUAAAAAAGGAAACAGGGAGAUCAAGAACAAUAUUGGAGCUAAAUAUUAAAAGAGAUUGAUCGAUAAAUAGUAUUAGGAGUUUUGAUUUUUAGUGGUGUUUAAUAGCAGUGUAAUUUUGUAACCUAAUUCAUCUAGUGAGGUAGGGCUGUUCUUUUUUUAUUCUCGACAAUGCUGUUCUUGAUGCAAAAUGUAUCACGACUUUAAAAAAAUUAAUUUAUGUCUUGUUUGAAAGGAA